UACGAAGAGGGAGCAAGUGUGCAAGCAUAUUUAUAACAGUUAACAGGAAAAAAGAAACAUUAAAAUUUGUAAUUAUUUUAUUUUUGCAAUAAGUAUUUCGUGAAAAAAACAAAAUGUAUGUAUAUGUACAUACAUAUAUAUUAAUAUAUGUGUUAUCGAACUAUUUUGUUAAUUUGAAUUAAUCCAAUUUACUUAUGAUACUUGAGCAAUUAUAAUUUGAAAACUCGUAAGAAAAAUAUAUUAAGAAUAUUAAAAAUAUAUGCGGUGAUAUAAAAAAAAUCAUGAUUACUUUUCAAACUAUAUCUUCGGAGACAUAUAAAAAGGAUCAUAAUAAGUUCCAAAUCUAUUAUGAUUUUUAUGAUGCACCUUUUGGAAGAUGUAUUAUAGGUUUAACUGAUACCGAUAAAGCUAUAUUGCAUUUUGCAUUUGUUGUUAAGGAUGACACUGAUGCAGUGAAAGAUUUAGAAAAUGAAUGGCCUAUGUCAAAAAUAAUAAAAGAUUCUAUUCAAAUGAUAAGUAAUAUUAUGAAAGAUAUUUUUACUUUGAGCAAUGAAAAAGAAGAGAAAUCAAUAUUGGUACUUUUAAAGGGAACAGAGUUUCAAAUAGAAGUAUGGAAAGCUCUAAUGUCUAUACCAAAAGGUAAAACAACAACUUACGAACAGAUCGCUCAGUUAAUAAACAAACCAAAAGCUGUAAGAGCGGUUGCAACUGCUAUAGGAAAAAAUCGAAUAGCAUAUUUAAUACCAUGUCAUCGUGUUAUGGGAAAAAAUGGUAGCAGUAAAUAUAGUUGCGGAGUGAAAUACAAAGAAAGUAUUUUGUCCUAUGAAAGUAACACAUAUUAAUUUUUAUCAAUUAUAUAAUUUACUUAAUAAGACUAAAUUAUUUAUUAUUUAUUAUCCUUCAUUUUCAAUAAAUUUUA